AUGUCUUUGCAUUCCACACCACUUCUGCAGUCGAACUCCCAUCCCCGUUCGGGAAGGAAGUCCAGUAAAAGAAAUCCAGAUGGGGUUGCUGCACCGGCUCAGAAACCGAAAAAAGUCAACAGCGAGAUUCGAAAACAGCAGAACAGAAUAGCUUCUAGGAACUACCGCGAGAAGCGCAAACGCAAACUGCAGUACCUCCAGCAACUGCUCCAGGAUGAACCAGCAUCACAGUCAAAUGAACCAUUGGCGGAACCAUCAGAAGAUGCGCGUUCACGCUCAGUCUCCACGGAAUACAUAGGCCAGCACCCAUCACCCCCGGCAUCCAUUACACUCCCUUCAACUCCCGACUUCCCAACUUACAGUACAACGCUGUCUUCAACAACCGGAACGCUCGUGGAUCCCCCACUUGCACUUGCCAGUCCUUAUCACAGCCCGUACCCGACCCCCUCAUUGCCGGUAUCCAGCCUUGAGUCAGCCUGGAGCCCGUCGUUGCCCAUAACGGAACCUCUUGUGAUACCCUUAUGGAACGAUUCUCCUUGGAUGGCCGACUUCUCAUCAUUGCAACUUCCCACUCCAGAAACUGAGAGCUACGAGCCAUACCCAUAUGCUCCAGCGACAUCGCAACCCCUGUACGAACAACCGCUUCCGGCGUCUUUGUCGCCUCCCCUGGCGAACCCUUUGGUUUUUCACCAGCGCGACAGCCUCAUCCCGGCUCCUUACAUGCAACCUCGGAGUGAACUCCACCAUCCUCAGCCUAACAGCAUCGUCCAUGUGGGCUUCCACUCGUCGUUCCCAUACGAGCAAAUACCAUAUCACUAA